AUGGAAACAUUCCUAAUCUGUAAUACUGGAGCACACACCACCAUCCUAGGUAUCAAAUGGUUAGAAGCCCACAAUCUCAAAAUCAACUGGAACAUGCACACACCUUCCUUUCCUCACUCUCCUCCAGAUCAUGUAGCCAUUGUGGAAGAGGAAGAGGGGGAUCCCAAUCCCCUGGAAGGAGUACCCUCCCAAUACCAUCAUUACACAAAGGUAUUUGGUGAGGAAGAGUUCAACAAGCUCCCUCCACAUUGUCACUAUGACACAGGGAUUGAACAUACAGAAGAAGGCCCUUUAAACUCCCCUUUGUACAGUAUGACCAACACUGAGUCUGCCACACUGAAAGACUGGCUUAGGGAUGAGCUCAAAGCAGGGAAAAUCUGUCCAAGUAAAUCUCCCAUCAGUUCCCCUGUCAUGUUUGUCCCCAAGAAGUAUGGUUCCUGCCAAUUGGUAGUUGAUUACCAACACCUCAACAACUGGACUAAGAAAAACAUCUACCCAUUACCCCAUCCCAAUGAUCUCAUGGCCCAACUAUGCAGCACUAAGGAUUACACCAAUGUCCAAGUUAAGGAAGGCAACAAAUGGAAGACAGCCUUUUGCACUAAAUAUGGCUUAUACAAAUCCCUGGUCAUGACUUUUGGCUUUACCAAUGCCCCAGCUGCCUUCCAACACUUCAUGAACAAGCUGUUCAAAGAUCUAUUGGAUGUUUGCAUCAUCAUCUACUUAGAUGACAUCUUGAUAUACUCCAAGGACAACACAUCCCAUCCCCAACAUGUUCAUGAAGUCUUGAAAUGUCUGAUGGAAAACCAGCUGUUUUAUUCCCCUUGGAAAUGGACAGAAAAGGAACAAAGUGCAUUUCAGGCCCUAAAGGAUUCUAUCACUAAUGCCCCUGUCCUUGCCCAUGCCAAUCCUACUAAGCCAUACUUUUUGGAGACCAAUGCCUCCAGUGCUGCCCUAGGGUCUAUACUAAGCCAACAACAGGAAGAUGGCUGUCUCCACCCACUUGGCUUCCUAUCCAAAUCAUUCAAAGGGGCUGAACAGAACUAUGAUACACACAAUAAGGAAUUACUGGCUAUCCUAAGGUCCUUUGAAUACUGGUGCAUCUUCUUGGAAGGGACCCUGCACCCUGUUACCAUGUUUACAGACCUUUGCAACCUGGAGUACUGGAAGGAGUCUAGAACCUGUAAUUGUAGACAUGCCAGAUGGCACCUAUUGCUGGCCAGCUACAACUUCCAGAUAGUAUACUGCCCAGGAAAACAAUCUGGUAAACCAGAUGCCCUGCCCAGAUGCUCCAACCAUGCAGAUAUUUCACUGGCUGAUCAGACCAUGCUCCCCAAUCCUGUCUUUGCCAACAUUGCCCUGAUAACCCCCAAAAGGGAACUACAACACCAGAUAGAAGCCAGCCUGGACCAAGACAAAUCCUUAGAGGAAAUCCUGACAUUCCUCCAAAAUGAAUCUAAGGCACCCCCUUCUAUCAAACAGGCAUUUAAGGAUUACAAGGUGGAAGCUGGCCUGCUGUUUUACCAGGGUUGUAUUGUGGUACCAGACAUUGGUACCCUCUGCACAGAUUUAUUAUGCAUCUUCCAUGACAGUCCCCUGGCAGGACACCCUGGAUAG